AUGCAAUGGAGGUCAAUAGUAGUUGGUCUGGUGGUACUGAGACUCUCUGUCAGCUGGGUGCUGUGGUUAUCCUUCGGACUGGGACCUAACGUCAGCUGGGGGUUUAACUUCCCCCUCAGUUUCAAUUUGCACAAAUUAGACUUGUUGUUCAGGGAGGAAAAGGGAGCCGACCUGAGAGGUAACCUGUGGUCUCAACAAAUACAAGGCCAUAAAUAUGAAGAGACGGCGACCACCACCUGCGCGAAGGUUGGACAGGAGGCACCCCAGAGAUCCUACCUGAGCCUCUUCGACGGGGACCAGGACGAGUACGUCCGGAGGUACAGCUCGUUUCCGGACACACUGCGGGCGAAAAUGAAAGGCAUGGCCAAAGACAUGUUCUACUUCGGGUACGAGAAUUAUAUGAAGUAUGCCUUUCCAGAGGACGAGCUGAAUCCCAUUGACUGUGAAGGAAAUGACGUCUUGGGGAACUAUUCCCUGACCCUCAUCGACACCUUGGACACGCUGCUUGUGCUUGGCAAUGUGACCGAAUUCCAGAGAGCUGUCAAACUGGUUAUAGAUACCGUGUCUUUUGACAAGGACUCAACAGUACAAGUUUUUGAGGCUAACAUCAGGAUCUUGGGAAGCCUUAUCUCUGCACACAUUCUGCUGACUGACCCAAAGCAUCCCUUUGGUGAUGUUGGGUUUAAAGAUUAUGAUAAUGAGCUGCUGCACUUGGCUCACGACUUGGCUAUCCGCCUGCUGCCAGCCUUUGAGAACACCAGCACGGGCAUUCCUUACCCCAGGGUCAACUUGAGGUUUGGAGUUCCUCGAGACAGCAUAAACGAGACGUGCACUGCAGGAGCUGGGUCCCUUCUGGUGGAGUUCGGGAUCCUGAGCCGCUUGAUUGGAGAUUCAACAUUUGAAUGGGUGGCGAGACGGGCAGUGAGAGCUCUGUGGAACCUGAGGAGUAACGAAACUGGUUUGUUGGGGAAUGUCGUUAAUAUCCAAACAGGCCAGUGGGUUGGUAAGCAGAGUGGACUUGGAGCUGGAAUGGACUCCUUCUAUGAAUAUUUGCUGAAAUCCUACAUCCUUUUUGGUGAAAACGAGGACUACCGAAUGUUUAAGACUGCUUAUGAGAGCAUACAGAAUCACCUGAGAAGAGGGCGAGAGUCUUGCAACAAAGGAGAGGGUGACCCGCCUCUGUAUGUUAAUGUAAAUAUGUUUAGUGGCGAGAUAAUGAACACUUGGAUUGACUCCCUUCAGGCCUUCUUUCCAGGGCUGCAGGUGCUGAAUGGGAAUAUAGAUGAUGCCAUUUGCCUGCACGCCUUCUAUUAUGCUAUCUGGAAGCGCUUUGGUGCUCUGCCGGAAAGAUACAACUGGCAGCUUCAAGCUCCUGAUGUGCUUUUUUAUCCUUUAAGACCGGAGCUGGUUGAGUCAACUUACCUGCUGUAUCAGGCGACCAAAAAUCCUUUCUACUUGCAUGUUGGGAUGGAUAUUCUUCAAAGCCUCGAGACAAAUGCCAAAGUCAGAUGUGGGUAUGCCACGCUCCAUCACGUUGUGGACAAGUCCAAAGAGGAUCGCAUGGAGAGCUUCUUCCUCAGUGAGACCUGUAAAUACCUUUACCUGCUUUUUGAUGAGGACAACCCACUUCACAAGUCUGACAAGUACAUGUUUACCACCGAGGGGCAUGUUGUGCCUGUAGACAAGCGCUUCAGGGAGAAACAGUGGGACGAUUUGUCUCCAUGUGAAGAGGGAGCGUUGGCAGAAACGGAGCCGAACAGCCAGACACCUCCACGCAACAUCAGCCACUGUAACAGGAUUCCAGAGGAGCGACGGUAUGCUCUGCCAUUAAAGAGCGUCUACAUGAGACAGAUCGAUCACAUGGUGGGACUUUUUUGAUUAAGAGAGGAUGAACAUGGUGACUUUCAGCUCAGUGAUCUUAGAGGAGACACCUGCCAGUUAAAAUCUUUGUGCUGUUUGUUGGGCUGCUCUGGAUCGCAACAGGAAAUGGUCACUUAACGUAAACCUGAGAAAUAUUUUCUUACUAUUUAGUAUAUUUAAUUAAAAGUUUGGGAAGGUGAGUGUGAAGCCAACAUUGAUGGCAACUCCUCUGUCUGGAAAAUGAGGAGUCGUUCAUCAUUUAAUUUAUAUCUGAUGACAAAUUAAGACUAAGUGAUU